AUGCGUUUCCUCUCUAUUGCCCUCGUGGGCCUCGCCUCCAUUUCCGUGACCGCUGCCAGUGAUUUUGAGACUUGGGAUGAUAUUGUCGGGGACGUUCCCCAGUGUAUCAAGACCUGCCUCGACGACUUCUAUAACGAUUCCGGACUUGAAGACAAAUGUGGAAGCAGCGAUGACGCCUCCAUGGACUGUCUCUGCAGCGUCACAUCAUUCUCCUCGGUCCAGUCUUCGGUAGACGACCUGAGCACCUGCAUCCAGGAUGGGUGUGAUUCUGGCGAUCUGAGUGAAAUCUCCUCUAAGCUUUCCAACUUCCAAGAGAGAUUUUCAGAUGCUGGAGAUCAAUGUAUGAGCGAGGAUUCAACCUCAGAUGACGACAGUGAUUCGGAAUCGGACACAGACUCGGACGACAACAAAAAUGCUGCCAACACUUUGAUUCCCGGAUUCAACGCUCUGCUUGCCUCGAGUGCCGUGCUGCUCUUUGGUGUUGCUCUGUACUAA